CCAUCUUCUCCGGGCGUCUGAAAGGGUGGUUGGUCUGAGCCGGGUUGGGGGGAAAAUAUCAGCGACGGCGCGACGACGUAGCCGGCGGUGCCCGUAGGUGAGAGGAGAGGGCCGCCGGCACGAAAGGGAGCCUGGGGUGUCAGUGUGCAGUCGUCUUUCUUCAGAGUCCCAUGCAGAGUAGGAAUGGAGUACAUGAAAGAGCCAGCAACCCUCAGCCAAGGGAACAUCCUGUGCUGCCAGUGUGGCAUACCAAUCCCGCCAAACCCUGCCAACAUGUGUGUAGCAUGUUUACGAACUCAGGUGGAUAUUACUGAAGGAAUUCCUAAACAAGUCACUGUCCACUUCUGCAAACAAUGUGAAAGGUAUCUUCAGCCACCAGGAACUUGGGUGCAGUGUGUCUUGGAAUCAAGAGAACUUCUCUCAUUAUGCCUCAAAAAGAUCAAAGCUUCUCUUAGUAAGGUACGAUUGAUUGAUGCAGGAUUUGUAUGGACUGAACCACACUCUAAAAGACUUAAAGUAAAGCUGACAGUACAAAAGGAGGUGAUGAAUGGUGCAAUUCUUCAACAAAUCUUUGUAAUAGAAUACAUUGUCCAUUCCCAGAUGUGUGAUGACUGCCAUCGAGUUGAAGCUAAGGAUUACUGGAAAGCAGUGGUUCAAGUGAGACAGAAGACUCAACAUAAAAAGACUUUCUAUUACUUGGAGCAGUUAAUUCUAAAAUAUAGACUUCAUCAGAACACUCUUCGAAUCAAGGAGAUUCAUGAUGGCCUGGAUUUUUACUAUGCAUGUAAACAACAUGCUCAGAAGAUGGUAGACUUUCUUCAGUGUACAGUUCCUUGCAGGUCUAAAUCAUCCCAGCGUUUGAUUUCUCAUGAUAUUCACAGCAAUACUUAUAAUUACAAAAGCACCUUUUCUGUGGAGAUUGUUCCAAUAUGCAAGGACAAUGUUAUAUGCUUGUCUCCAAAAUUGGCUCAGAGUCUUGGGAAUAUCAACCAGAUUUGUGUUUGCAUCCGGAUAACUAGUACAAUUCACAUAAUUGAUCCUAAUACACUGCAGAUUGCAGAAAUUGAUGGAAACACUUACUGGCGUCAUCCUUUUAAUAGCCUGUUCCACCCAAAGCAGUUAGAGGAAUUUAUUGUCAUGGAUAUCAGCAGGAUCCAGGACAGAAAACAGGGUGCUGGUGCAGGCAUGAAAUCCAGCAAACAUACACUUGCUGAAACCUGGGUUCAGAAAACAUCAGAACUGAAUACAGACCAUCAGUAUUUCUGUCGCACUCAUUUGGGGCAUCUUCUGAAUCCUGGAGAUCUUGUAUUGGGAUUUGAUUUGGUCAACUGCAAUCUAAAUGACGAAUUUGCGAACAAGAUGAACCCUCAUAUUAUUCCUGAUGUGGUUUUGAUUAAGAAAAGCUAUGACCGCAGUAAACGUCAGCGUCGCCGGAACUGGAAACUAAGAGAAUUGGAAAGAGACAGAGAGGGCAUGGAUACAGCUGAUGAAAGAGACUACCAGGACUUCCUAGAAGAUCUAGAAGAAGAUGAGACAAUUAGAAAGAAUAUUAAUAUUUACAAAAAAACAGCCAUUCCAGUGGAAAGUGACACUGAUGAUGAGGGCAUUCCCCGGAUCAGUCUUGCUGAAAUGUUGGAAGAUCUUCAGAUAUCUCAAGAUGCUACUGGUGGAGAGGGCGCUGAUAUGUUGACAGAAUAAGCUAGCAGAUCUUGUCAAUGUGUGCAUUCUGCUGUAGCAAUAUUACAGCAGGGGUGGGCCUGGAAGGCCACAACUCAUAUAAUCCCUCAGCACUGACUGUGUUAGCUAAGGCUGAUGGAAGUUGUACUCCAAAAAAUUGAAAGACCUCAAGUUGCCCACGCCUAUAUUGUACGGGCCUUACAUGCAAAUAGACAUUUAAUACAAUUUAAACAAAGAUUUGAUAAUAUAUCACUAUUAAAAGAUCAUACAUGACUAAUAAACUGGUAAACCUGGAAAA